AUGGACAGGUCGUCGUAUCUUAAUCGGCCGGAAACUGACGAUACUUUGCAGAAUAUUCGGAAGGAAUACCUCAAUACCAAGCGCAACUUGCAUGACUUGCUCACCAGCAGUCCCACGAGAAUUCCUCAGAGCACACGGGGGGAGCUGGGCGGCAAGGCUGCUGCUGGGCUGCAGCAGCAGCAGGGCGCACAGCUGGCUGCUCAGGAUGCAGAGCAGGACGACCGGCUUCGACAGCAGUUGCGUGAUUACAUGAAUAACCGAGGCCGCCAUAUGGGUGCUCCAGCAAGGUAUCCCUCUGUUGGUGCGGCGGCGCCUCCCGCGCCGCCGCUGCUGCAGGCGGCUGGCGGCGGCAGCGCUGCCGCCGUAGCCCCUGUAGAGGGCUCGUUGCAGAGACAGCUGGACAACCAGAAGCUCAUGUUUGACUCUCUAAAGCGUGAAUUGGACACGCAGCGCACCAUCAACAACAUGUUGUUCCAGCGCUUGGAUCAGCUGGAGGAGGACGUUCGGUAUCUGCGGCACGCGACAAACAACAAGGCUCAGCAGCAGCAAAAUAACAACGUUGGCGGCAACUUCCGUUCGGUAAGCAGUGCGCCGAGUUCGUCGCACACAACAGGAUUCGGUGGUAGUUCAGUGUCUGGUGAUGAUACCAAGGUUUUGCUUGGUUGGGACCAGCCUUCCAACGCCGUGAAACAGCAUCAUCCCCAUCAGCGUUCUCUAUCUAAUUUUGAUGAUAACACUGCAAAGUUGAUCCAGAUGUCUUCUGGGGCGAAACAAAAAUGGUAG